UGAUCACAAAGGGAUUGGCUUAAUACGUUGGACAAGGAACAUGAUAAGUGGAAGUUCAAAAGUGGGAGAAUGUUAGGUUUUGAACUUACACAUAUCAUGAUAAGGAUACCUAAACGUGGGUUCAAACCAAUUAGGAGUCAUGGCCAUGUCAAUAACUGAUCUCCUAGAAUUAAGGGAAAGGGAGACAGGUUGAAUAAGUCUCAAUGUCCGAGGAAUGAAAUUGAGAGACAAAGCAUGGUCAAUAAGCCUUAUGCGUCUCUAGUAGGUAGCUUGAUGUAUGCACAGGUCUGCACUAGACCUGAUUUGGCAUUUGCCAUCAGUGUGUUGGGAAGAUAUCAGUCGAACGCCGGUAAACAACAUUGGGUUGCAGCCAAGAAAGUGUUAAGAUACUUGCAAAGGACAAAAUCCUUUAUGUUGGUUUACAAGAAAGUAGAGAACUUGGAACUAGUUGGCUACACUGAUGCUGACUUUGCAGGUUGUGUGGAUGACAGGAGAUCCACGAGUGGCUACUUGUUUUUCUUGGCAGGAGCAGCUGUAUCACGGAAAAGUGCUAAACAAAAGGCGUUAGCCACAUCAACUAUGGAGGCCGAGUUCAUAGCAUGUUUUGAAGCUACCAAGAGAGGUUUGUGGUUAAGAAAUUUAAUCAGCUGCAUGGCUAUUGUUGAUUCAAUUUCGAGACCACUAACCAUAUACUGCGAUAACAAAGCUGCAGUAUUUUUCUCUAAGAAUAACAAAAGGUCUGAGGCAACAAGGUUGAUGGACAUCAAAUAUCUAUCAGUGAAAGAACAUGUGAGAAAGGGUGAAAUCACGAUUGAGCAUAUUGAAACAAAUUCAAUGAUAGCUGACCCUUUGACUAAGCCAUUGGCAGUAGGAGUAUUCAAGGAUCAUGUCUCUAAGAUGGGAGUGCUUGAAUCUCUAGAAUCUGCUGAAGUGUGGGAGUGAGAAAAACUUGAUGUAAGUCACAUGUAUAUUUCAAAUAUGUCUUCGAAUGUUAUUUAUGUUGUUCACUAUCAAGACCUACUGAAUCAUAUGCGCUUGUUGAGCCUAUUGGUUGUCUGAGUUGCUGACUGUAUGCAUGUAUAUGUCUAUUCUAGUGUCUUGAUAAUUGGACAUGAAUAAUUCGAGGGAUGCAAUUCGAUGAA